UAGGGAGUGGUUACUACCAUCAGGCGCGCCUACUUUGCUCACUCUUAUUUUCUACCAAUGCACAUAGUCCUCCCUUUUUUUGCUCCCACACAAGGGGCUUUUUUUGGAGGAGUUCCGGGGAUUUGGAAAGAGUGACCACGGUUUCCAAAGGGAAGGAUGAUUUGUGCUUGCUCGCGUCAUUCCCGCACCCCACCCAGAGAAGCGGUCAAGGGACAGGAAAGGGCGGAAAGUGGGGCGCGCCCUACUCUCUUCCAGCGGCUGGCAUUAGGCCCAAUCCUUCUCUGCUUCCUCCCCAUUCUGCUGCACUCAGAGAGUUUAGGAGCAGCGGCCCAGUUCCCUGCGCGCGGGCAUCCCUUCGGUUGCCGUGGCAACCGCCAAGGCCGCGUUCUGUUUUUUCCUGAGCACGGAGUAUCCCGGCUGCAGCAGUCGCGGCAUUCUGUCCCAUUGUGUGGCGCGCCGGGCUGAAGACAGUAGGAGAAGAAGGGUCGCUAGUUCCCCGCAGCUCCCAUUCCGCAGCCCGGCGUAGGAAGCGCUGUCCUGGUUGCAAAGUGCCCUGACAUUCCCACGGAAAACCAGGUUGUCCCUUAAGCAAGCGGCUUUCUCCCCUCCUCCCACCUUCCUGUAUCCUUGGAGCCAGGAAGGAGGAUUUUUUUUUGUGUUUCCACUGGCUCAAUCAGGAUGAAGAUGAAAUCUUGCCCUAUCUACAUCCCUACUGAGGUCAGCAACACAAUCUGGGACUCCUGUUUCCACAUGGAAAAGGAAACCAGAACAUUGGUUGCUGAGCAGAGGAGUGAAUCAAAUCCUAGUGAUGAAUUUGGAGAUAGUGAAGACAAAGAAAAUGAAACUGACAAGGUAGCAAGGAAUGCAGAUUAUAUGUCUGUUCCGAAGGAGAAAUUAAACAAGUCACAGAGAAAAGCUGAGUCUCUGAUUAAGGCAAAAAAGAACUGCCAGGCAAACCAGGAACUGAUUCGCUGUGUUACAUUUUCCCGAAUUGUUUUUGGAACAGAACACUGGAGAUAUGCCCAAGCAUUAACCAACUUGGCUUAUGGAUAUCUGACUCUGAGAGAACUCCCUGUUCAGGCCAAGCAACAUGCUGAGUCUGCAAAGAAUUCCCUACUGACCUGGAAGGGCUCAGCAAUCUCAGAUUUGGAUAAGAAAGAGAUCCUUGGCACAUUGGUGACAUUAUACUAUACUUUGGGAAUGUCGGACCUUAUGCAGAACCAUGGUAAGGAAGCUUAUUACAAUCUUCAGAAAUCUGAGAAGAGCAUGGAGGAACUGUGGGAAUGUCAUGAUGGAGCCACAGUUAGAGAUUUAAAAGUCUCUGAAAAAGACCUUAUAAUUGCUUUGGGCAGGGCUGCUUUGCAACUUCACCGAUUGAACUUGUCUGUGAAUUACUUUGAAAAAGCAAUCACCCAUGUUAUCUCAUCCAAGGGUGAUUCCGCAUCAGAACUGAUCAGCCUGUAUCAGGAAGCUGCACAGGUUGAACAGCUCAGGAAAAACCAUGACCGAGCUAUAGAACACUUGCUGCAGGCUCAUUCUAUCUGCGUGGCUUCUUACAAAGAACUCAGUGCUGAAGCUGCUAAGACAGGGUUCUUGCUAGCUAAAGCUUAUGCCACAUCUGGAGAACCACAACACAGGGAUGCUGCUGAACUAUAUUUUACAAGCAGUCUCAAGGCAUACCAAGCUGCACUGGGCCCAGAUAAUUAUCACACAAUGUGUGCCACUGAGGAAUUCAGCAAAUGGCUUCUCCAAAUUGGAGAAAAACAGGAGGCUUAUAAACUUCUGAAGAACUCACUGAAGUCCCAAUUGAUGAGCUAUGGUGACUAUAGUGAGAAAGUGGCGGAAACUUUCUAUAUUCUGGGCAGCAUCUGCCUAGCCAAGGGAGAAAUAAGAAAGACCACCCAACUGCUAAAGAAGUGUUUGGAAAUUCAAAUACUUAUUUAUGGAACAGAUCACAAAAAAACCAGAGAGACACAAAAACUGUUGACCUUGCUACAGAGGCUGAAGAUGACGUCUUUGAGGAAUACAAGUAGCACUUUUCAUGGUAUCAGUCCAGUUCCUAGCAGGUCUUCUGGUAUCAUUGAAAGGGAAAAUAGACAAGAAAGACAGAAAUAAAUCAAAUUUUGUUGAUAACUUCUGGGUCUCAUGCUCUGUAUAACAAUAGUUGAUAUCAUAGGAGAAAGACAUUGGAUUCUAUUAAGCACUCCAUGGAAAACCUUUUCUUCAAAGCAUCAAAGAAUGUUGCCUUUAAAAUACCUGCUACAUACUAUCUGUCUGGUCUUUAACUUGAUGAAGCAAAUUUUUGGACUUUUAUAUAUACCUUAUUAUUUAUAGUUAUAGUUAUUUUUCCCUGGGUACUUGUUUCUUCUGUUAUGCUUUUUGUUGUUGGUAUCUGAGAUAUUUAUUGUAAAUAUUUGUAUGUACUAUUGACGAGACAUUUUAUAAUGCCAUGACUUAUGAUCAUAAAAAUAAAAUACCUUCAUUUUGGAAAUAUAAAGUCUCUGCCCUGACUUAAAAUCUCAACUAGACAAAAUUAGCUUGACUUAGUAAUGUUGCAUCAAAGUCUUUUUCUAGAAAAUAGUCUUUUAACAAAAAAAAAGAAAAACGGCACAGGAAAAGAAAGUGGCAGUUUUUGAAUUGUUGCUUUUUUUUUUUUUUUGACAUAAUCUUUUUUAGGUUAUAUGUGUACAUUUAUUUUUUACAUAUUUCCAUGAGUCAUGUUGGGAAUGUAAAAUCAAAACAAAAGGGAAAAACCAUGAGAGGAAAAAAAAAGGUGAAAUAGUAUGUGUUGAUCUCCAUAGUUUUCUUUCUGCAUGUGAAUGGCAUCCAAAGUUUAUUGGGAGUGCCUUGGAUCAUUGAAUUGCUGAGAAGAACCAAGUCUAUCAUAUCAAGUUUAUCACCAUUCAAUCUUGUUAUUGUUGUGUACAAUGUUUUCCUGGCUCUGCCAGCUUUACUCAGCAUCAGUUCAAGUAAAUUUUUUCAGGCUUUUCUAAAAUCCACAUGUUCACUUUUUUUUUUUUUUAAUAUAGAACAAUACUGUUUCAGUACCUUCGUAUGCCAUAACUUAUUCAGCCAUUUCCCCAUGAGAUGGGCAUCUACUCAUUUUCCAAAUCUUUGCCACAACAAAGUUACUACAAAUAUGUGCACAUGUGGGUCCUUUUUCUUAUGAUUUCUUUGGCAUAUAAAUCCAGUAGCGGCCUGCUAGAUCUUUUAUGUGAUCUUAUUUAAAUUGUUCAACAUAACUCCUUUUUCUUUUUGGCCUCAGUUUCUUUUAGUAUUCCUCCCAAUUUUAUUGUUUUGAUGAGCUAUUAAAAUAACCUAAAGAUUUCAGUUCAAUUUGACAAACAUUUACAGUAUUAACUAUUAUGGAUAUGAAGACAAAAAUGAAACACAUUUACUAUUCUAUUGGGGGGGGGGGGAGUUUUAAGUCCCCACCCUGGCUUGUAAUGCUCAUUUCCUACUUUGCACCUUCUGUUCCCCAGUCUCGCCAUUUCACUUGCAUGCCAAGUUACUCAAUCAGCUAUCUACCAUGUGCCAUAUGCAAGAGACACAAAAAAGGACAAAAAGUUAUCCUCACUCUCAAAAGAGCCUAAUGGAGACAAUUAUGUGCAAAUAAAGAUAUACACAGGACAAAUUGGAGGUAGUCUCAGAGAAAGCACUAAGAUUAAGACUUCUCCAGAAGGUAAGACUUGAAGGAUGCUGGGGAAGAAUAGGAGGAAGACUUGCCCUCCUAUUUAGCCAUAUUUGAACUCUAUGUGACUCUACAGACAAAAGUACUGUAGUAAUUUGCUAUUUCUCCAUGUGUCCCCAUCUUACAGAUGAACUGAGAGAAAUAGGUGGUCUUGCCCAGGGUUACAAGGCUAGUAUAUAAGACUACAUUUGAACUUAGGUGUUUCUGACUCCUACAUCACCGAGCUGCCCAUAUUUCAGGUCCUGAUUCUGACUACUAAUGAAAACACUUGGAAGUCAGAAGACAUGUAGAUUUAGUGAGAGGAAUAAGGGCGAAGGUCACUGGAUUAUUGACACACACAUUAAGUGACUUGUCCAAGUAUUAAGUAUUGUCACAUUAAGUGACAAAAUCAAGAUUUGUCCAGAGCUAGUAGAAAGGCUAUUUGAACCCAAGUUUUCUAAAUGCUAUUUCAACUAUUGUUCCACAUUUAUCUUUCAGAGAAAAAUCAAAAUUCAUCAGAAUUGUUAAUUAUUGUUUAUAGAAAUUAAUGGAGGCACAGUUAAAAUAGUGGCGGUGUAGGAAGCAAUGGGACUAAGCUCCAGGUCCCAAACUACUACAAACAAAACUACAAAAUGCAUCACACUAAAUCCUGAUAGAAAGAUUCAGAAAGUCUUAGUGAUUCCUUUGUCCAACUCAGGUCCACAACACAGAGAGAUAGCUAGUCUUUGGACAUUGUGGGAACUACCUGCAGAUACUUCAAUGAUAAGGGAGAGCUGUGCUCCAGGGCAAGAAGUUCUAAACCCAUCUCCUGACAUCAUCAGGCCCAUACUGGGGCACUCCAACAAGAGUAGGUAUGAGCUGGCAGUCUUAUCACUCACUACUCAGCUCCUGGUCACAGAUGUAAGACUGAUGGAGAAAAAAAUCUGUGAGGGCACUGAUGUUCCUGGAUAGGGAAACCCUGGGUUAUGUGAGGAGAAAGGAAGAAGUCUUGUAGCCAACUGCCUUAGAAGUGAGACUUAGACCCUAAGCCUAGAACAGGGUCUCAUUCCUAGAACUUUUUCUAGCCUAGAAUAAUCAAAGCAGGAGUUUGAGAUCAAAGGGAGUUUACAAUUUUGUCACUCUGAGCCUACUGAACUUUCCAGGCAGUCACCCAACAGGAGAGAGUCCAAUAGCAGUCUAUUUUUGCACAGAUCCAAACUGCAGUCACACUGAAAGGUUUCAGGUUACAGCUUGUCCAUGAGAUCUUAUAUAAGAAUAACAUAAGAUACUUAAUGAUACCACAAGAAAACAGUGAUAAGACUAGCCCAGACUUUCUCUCCAGAAGUGUGGCAGAGCCUGGACUUAACAUCAAGUCUAAAGUCAAAAAAUAGACUAGAAGAAAUAAGAUUAAUGUUUUAGUGACAAAACUAAAAUAUAAUCUCAUCAUAUGAAUGGAAUUUCAUAAUGCUAAAAAUUUAUUCCCAUUGUAUUUGGUUUUAAUCAUUGAUUAUGGAAGCAACUCUCAUAAGUUCUAAAACUGAGAAAAAGCCUGGACAAACAAAAGAACUCUAUCACUGACUCCAAAACAUAAGUAAUGUCUCAGAGAAAAACAAAGCUUGAGUACAAACUCUACUAGAAUUCUUAGAAGAAAUAAAAUGAAGUUUUUUUUUAAAGAUUUUAAAAUGUUUUUAUAAAUGAAAUGAGAGUACUUGAGAAAAAAAAAAGGAAAAAUAACGGUUUUUGAAGAAUUGGAAAGAGAAUUAACAGCUUGACACAAGUGGUAAAAAAAAUCUUGUCUAAGAAGCAGACUUCCAGAAAAUUAGUAUGAACCAAUUAGAAGCUAAUGACUUCACAAAACAAGAAAUAUUAAAACAAAAUCAAAAGGCAAAUACAUAUGACUUUUGGC